UCCCUAUACAAUGAAUUUCAGUUCCAUCUCAUUUCAACCAGACCAAGCUUACAAAAAAUCUCUGGAACGUUAUAUUCAAGAGUGUCCAGUAAAUGGCUUUGGUAACCCCAGUUCAUGUAACGUUGGGAAGAAGGCAGGCGCGCAACCCACCAAGCAGAUCAUUCACAAAAUGAUUGAAAGGCAGCGGCGGAAAGAAAUGAACUCACUCUACUCAGAGCUGUGGCUACUACUUCCGGAAAAAACCAUUCGGGAAAAGCGUUUAGUAACAGACCAAGUGGAGGAAGCCGCUAAUUACAUUCGUUAUCUAGAGGAACAGAUCAAAGAUCUAACAAAGGAAAGAGACAAGAAGAAAACUCAUGCUGUUUGCUUUAAGGGCGUUGAAAUAUCCAAGCCUCUGGAAUUCCAAGAAUCAGAUGAGGGUUUCCCAUCAGUUAAACUCGAUCCAGAAUCAGAUCGCCUUGUCCGAUAUUCUUCUGGUGUUGGAAGAGUGUAG